AUGGCAAACACUAUAAAGGUUGUUUAUGCUAUUCUAUUUCUUUCCAUAGUUCUUGCUACAGCAACAAUUGAUGAUGAUUACUAUGAACCGCCAUGUAAAUCUGAGGCUGAUUGUCAACCAGCUUGGAACAUUUAUUUUGUUGUUAAGUGCGUUGAUAAUUUAUGUAAAUGGGUUAAACUCCAGGGUAUAUAUGAUGAACCUAUAAGACGUUUUCCUUUUGAUGGCUAG